AUGCCUCCUAAGUGGGGUUCCGCCGGGGCAGCAGCGGCGAACACGAGCUUGGUGCUGCUGCUGUACAUCACGCCUAGCGCACCGGGCAGCAGCAUCUUCGUGCAGCCCGCCGCCCCCCAAGUUCCCCUUCCUGCAGAGGAAGGCCGCGGCAAACACGAGCUUGGUGCUGCUGCUGUACAUCACGCCCAGCGCACCGGGCAGCAGCAUCGUCGUGCAUGUGAACCUGGUGUGUUUUUUAGUCGACUCACUCAAAAGCCAUCUCCCCCCUCCCUUCUCCCCUUCCCCCCCAGCCCGCCGCCCCCCAAGUUCCCCUUCCUGCAGAGGAAGGCCGCGGCGAACACGAGCUUGGUGCUGCUGCUGUACAUCACGCCCAGCGCGCCGGGCAGCAGCAUCGUCGUGCAGGUGAACCUGGUCAGGCCCGGCGACGGCAAGAAGCUGCCCUCCAUGCCGCGCUGGCUGCGGCACAUCGGCCUGCACCAGAUAUACGAUGGCGAUUCCUACUUCCUGCACUGCCAGGAGCGAGUGCUGCAGGAGAGGGAGCAGCAGAUGGAGGAGGCGCGGGCGAGCAAGGGCGGGGCACAGCAGGGGGGAGGUGCGGCGGAGGGUGGGCGAAGUGAAGCGGGGGGCGCAGGGGUUGUGAGGGGGAGCGCGUGGAGGGCGUUUUACAUGCCCACCAACGCUGACCUCCCUGUGGUUGCCUUCCGGCAAUGGCUCUCCAAAUAUGCAGGUGGAGCCGUGGAGUACCCGCCGGCCUUCUCAGAUGUGUCGCUGCCCCCCCAGCCGGCCGCCAAGGAGGUGGUGUUGGAGCGCAUGGCCUCGCACACCGCCCACUGCACAUCCUGCUCCGCCACCUUCGCCAACCUGCAGUGCCUCCAGCUGCUGCUGCCCGCCGUCUCGUUGCUCUCCGCUGCUGCUGCUGCUGCCGCCUCCACCUCCCUGCGUGCUCGUGUGCCGCUUGCUCUGCUGGCUGUGGCCGCCGCUGCUGCUGCCUGGAAGGUGCAGGAGUUUGCCAAGGAGUUUGUGUACGCAGGAUGGGACCAUGCGAGAAAGGACUGA